CACAGGUGAUCACAUCAAGGUUGAGCCUUUUCAAACUUCACCUCCAGCAUCAAAAGUUUCCAUUGACUUUUUGGUAAACAGAUUACAAGACUUAUUCAGUUUUGUAUCAGUGUUUCCACAUUUUUUUUUGUGUGUGUAAUUUGUCAUAUAACAAUCGGAUAAUUUAGUUGGUGGGGAAACAACUGAAGCUGCUUUAUAAAUGCCCCUUUCUGCCAGGAAAAGAGAGAGAGGAAAAAAGUGAUGAAAAGUUGGAAUGAUAAAAAUAAGCAUAAGUCAUGGUAAAUCAUAAUUCUGAAAUAAACUGUACAAACAUUCGACUUUUAAAGUCACAAUUAUGGGAUAGACAUAAUUUAAACUUACUGUCGCUCUAAUUUUGACUUUAAAAGUCAAAAGGUUGACUUACAAUAUCAUAUUUUUGACGUAGUAAGUUAAAAGGUUUUGUUCCUCCAAGUGGCUUCAUACCCCGCCGGGAGGUUUCAGAAGCAGAGCAUUUGCCUGCCCAGCGUUGUUGACUUGUUGAUUUGGUCCUUUUUCCUUGACGUUUGUGCUUCUACCAUGGGUAAGUAGGCUACGUAGUUAAAUGUUUUCUAUUUUGUCUGUUUUUAGAUGUGUUUUUUGUUGAUAAGACGAUCGGGAGUCUGCACACGGUGUCUUAUUUUGAAAAUUGACUGGCUGCUCUAUGCCGUUUCUGUGCAGCUUGACGCGGCUUUGACACAGCGGGGAGCCGCUUCUGGGACGCGCGGCGGUGCGUCUGGUGGGAUCCAGCCUUUGAAAUUACCUAAAGCCUUGAAUGUUUAAUUAUUAGGCCGAUGCACUGAAAUAACUUGUUUCAGCUAUGGUAAAAUAUUAUAAACACAGCUUUUAAAGCAUAAUGUUCAAAUGCCUUGGAAUAUGAAUUUUAAUGUUAUAGCUGGGGUAAGUGAGAAAAUGUUACAUAUUAUUGGCGUUGUGGUGGAGCGUUUAUUGUGAAGGACUCGGGCCGGAAGUGUAGAUGUUACCUCUGGCGGACCACAAGUUGUCGAAGCUCCGGGAAUAUAGGAGCCGGUUGGUUGUAAAAGUUUGAGCUGCAAGAUUAACCACUUGUUCUUCAGAAGGACCGUAGAGCUAUUUUCAAGGCUGGCUCUUCACAAGAUGGCUCCGACAAACGUCAUUCAUCAAUGCUCGUUAGGAGCGGGAUGCAGAUGUCCAUUAGAGUCCGAGCUGCGAGCUGUGAUGCAGCAAAAGAUAAUGGUCCUGGACGGUGGUAUGGGAACCAUGAUCCAGCAGCACAAGCUUGAAGAAGAAGAUUUCAGAGGGGAUGAGUUUAAAGAGCAUCCUCUUCCACUGAAGGGCAACAACGACCUUCUCAGUAUCACACAGCCCAAUAUCAUUUACAAAAUACACAAGGAGUACCUGCUGGCUGGUGCUGACAUCAUAGAGACCAACACAUUCAGCAGCACUUCCACUGCCCAGGCAGACUAUGGACUGGAACACAUGGCAUAUCGCCUCAAUAGGGCGGCGGCAGAGCUGGCGAGGAGGGCAGCUGACGAUGUCACCAAACAAACUGGUUGUAAACGCUAUGUGGCUGGGGCAGUGGGUCCCACCAAUAAAACCCUGUCUGUAUCCCCGUCUGUGGAGAGGCCUGACUUCAGGAACAUCACAUUUGAUGACCUUGUAGAAGCCUACUCAGAGCAGGUCAGAGGUUUAUUAGAUGGAGGAGCAGACAUCCUUCUGGUUGAAACCAUCUUUGACACUGCCAAUGCUAAGGCUGCCUUAUUUGCCAUCGACCUGCUGUUUGAAAAGACCUACGAAAGAAAACCUAUAUUUAUCUCAGGGACCAUCGUUGACCGAAGUGGACGAACUCUGUCCGGUCAGACAGGAGAAGCCUUUGUAGUGAGUGUGUCCCAUGCUAAACCUCUAUGUAUUGGUCUGAACUGUGCCUUGGGGGCGACAGAGAUGAGGCCGUUCAUUGAGGCCAUAGGAAAAAGCACCACAGCUUUCAUUAUCUGUUAUCCGAAUGCAGGUCUUCCCAACACAUUUGGAGGGUAUGAUGAAACUCCACAAGUAACAGCUUCCAAUUUAAAGGAGUUUGCUAUGGAUGGACUUGUGAAUAUUGUGGGAGGCUGUUGUGGGACCACUCCAGGACACAUCAGAGCCAUAUCUGAAGCAGUCAAACACUGCCAGCCAAGAGUUCCUGCUGGUGAUAUUUAUCGAGACUUCUUGCUGCUGUCAGGGUUAGAGCCUUUCAGGAUUGGCCCUUACACCAACUUUGUUAAUAUUGGUGAGCGCUGCAACGUGGCUGGGUCACGCAAGUUUGCCAAACUGAUCAUGGCGGGAAACUAUGAGGAGGCUCUAAGCAUUGCUAAGGCCCAGGUGGAGAUGGGGGCCCAGGUCCUGGAUAUAAACAUGGAUGAGGGGAUGCUGGAGGGGCCAACAGCUAUGGCCCGAUUUUGUAACUUCAUUGCUUCUGAGCCAGACAUCGCACGGGUUCCUCUGUGUAUUGACUCUUCUAACUUCUCAGUGAUUGAGGCUGGGUUGAAAUGCUGUCAAGGGAAGUGUAUAGUCAACAGCAUCAGUCUAAAGGAAGGAGAAGAGGAGUUCCUGCUCAGAGCUGCCACUGUGAAGCGCUACGGAGCUGCUGUGGUGGUCAUGGCCUUUGAUGAGGAAGGACAGGCCACAGAUACAGACCGUAAAGUGGAGAUCUGCACUCGGGCCUACAAGCUGCUGGUCAGCAAAGUAGGAUUUGAGCCCAACGACAUCAUCUUUGACCCCAACAUCCUCACCAUCGGUACAGGCAUGGAGGAACACAACCUCUACGCCGUGAACUUCAUCAGAGCCAUCAAACUUAUCAAGGAGACAUUACCAAGAGCCAGGGUGAGUGGAGGUCUUUCCAACCUGUCCUUCUCCUUCCGAGGGAUGGAGGCUAUCAGAGAAGCUAUGCAUGGAGCAUUUCUCUACCAUGCUAUCAGGGAUGGUAUGGAUAUGGGGAUAGUGAAUGCUGGGAACCUGCCGGUCUAUGAUGACAUAGAUAAAGAGCUGCUUUUACUGUGUGAAAACCUCAUCUGGAACAGAGACGCUGAUGCCACUGAGAAACUACUGACCUAUGCGCAGAACAACGUGAAAGGAGGGAAGAAGGUGGUUCAGACAGACGAGUGGAGAGAAGGAAGUGUGGAGGACAGGUUGGAGUACGCUCUCAUUAAGGGAAUAGACAAGUAUGUGGUGGAGGAUGUGGAUGAGUGUCGCGCUCAGGUUGACCGCUACACUCGACCCCUUCACAUCAUCGAGGGCCCCCUGAUGAACGGCAUGAAGGUGGUGGGAGAUCUCUUUGGAGCUGGGAAGAUGUUCCUGCCACAGGUGAUCAAGUCGGCUCGUGUUAUGAAGAAGGCGGUGGGCUACCUGAUUCCUUUCAUGGAGAAGGAGAGGGAGGAGAUGAUGGCAUUGUCUGGGUCAACUGAGGAAGUGGAUCCCUAUCAGGGCACCAUAAUUCUGGCUACAGUGAAGGGAGACGUUCAUGAUAUUGGCAAGAACAUCGUAGGUGUGGUGCUGGGUUGCAACAACUUCAGAGUGAUCGACCUGGGUGUGAUGGUUCCCUGUGAUAAGAUCCUCAGAGAAGCCAUCAGACAGAAAGCAGAUAUCAUUGGUUUGUCUGGUCUCAUCACCCCCUCUCUGGAUGAGAUGAUCUACGUGGCCAAAGAGAUGGAGAGACUGGGAAUCACAACACCACUGCUGAUUGGAGGAGCCACCACAUCAAAGACACAUACAGCUGUGAAGAUCGCCCCUCGCUACAGUUCUCCUGUUAUCCAUGUUCUGGAUGCCUCCAGGAGUGUGGUGGUGUGCUCGCAGCUCCUGGAUGAGGCAGUGAGGGAGGAGUACUUUGAGGACCUGAAAGAAGAGUAUGAGGAGAUCAGGCAGGAGCACUACGACUCCCUGAAGGAUCGUGCGUAUCUGUCUCUUUCCCAGGCCAGAGAGAAGGCUUUACAUAUAGACUGGCUCUCUCUGCCCAGGCCAGUGCGUCCUCAGUUCCUGGGCACCCGUGUGUUUGAGUGGUACAACCUGAACAGUCUGGUGGACUUCAUCGACUGGAAGCCUUUCUUCGAUGUGUGGCAGCUGAGAGGAAAAUACCCCAACAGAGGGUACCCCAAGAUCUUCAAUGACAACACUGUUGGUUCGGAGGCUCGGCGAGUCUUCGAUGACGCCCAGCAGCUGCUCAACCAGAUGAUUAGCAGCUGCAGUCUGCAGGGGCAGGGCCUGGUGGGGUUCUGGCGUGCCCAGAGUGAUCGUGAUGACAUCAAUGUGUACAAAGAUGAUGUCACUGUGCACAGAGACACCAAGCCCAUCGCCACAUUCCACGGCUUACGGCAACAAGUGAGGGCGGAGAAGGACAGCUCCAGUUCAGAGCCCUACCUGUGUGUGUCUGACUUUGUUGCCCCUGUAGACAGCGGUGUGGCAGACUACAUCGGUGUGUUUGCUGUGGGUGUGUUUGGAGCUGAGGAGCUGAGUCAGCAGUUCCAGGCUCAGGGAGACGACUACAGCAGCAUCAUGGUCAAAGCCCUGGCUGACCGACUGGCUGAGGCCUUUGCUGAGGAGCUCCAUGCUCGUGUGCGUAAGGAGCUGUGGGGCUACAGCUCUGACGAGGCACUGCAGGCCUCAGACCUCCACAGAGUUCGAUACCAGGGCAUCAGACCUGCAGCUGGCUACCCCAGCCAGCCCGACCACACAGAGAAGACCAUCAUGUGGAGCCUGGCUGGGAUCCAGGAGAAGACUGGUAUUGGUCUGACAGAGUCUCUGGCCAUGACGCCUGCUGCCUCAGUGUCUGGACUUUACUUCUCCAACCCUCAGGCCUCAUACUUCGCCGUGGGAAAGAUCACCAAGGAGCAGGUGGAGGACUAUUCCGGGAGGAAAGACAUGAGUGUGGAGGAGAUGGAGAGAUGGCUGGCUCCUGUACUGGGAUAUGACAGUUAGGCGCAGUGUGUGACUGCUCCAGCAGUAAACUGGACCACAGAGGGAUCAGAGCAGGCAACACAGAAUUUACAGUCACAGGUUUACAGUCCAACCAUUCCACUAUAGAUCACGCAGGUUGUUACUGUGGCCGCUUACAUAGAGAUUCACUGACAUCCCAUAGUAUAGGCCUUAUCAUUUUACUCAACAUUUUUUACUGUACAUUUAAGAAUGAGUCUGUGCCAACGGGUUAUGACCAACUCACUACUGUUAAACACUACACACACACAAGUACAUUAUGUGUAAUGAUAAAAUUAUCUCUUAAAUGUAUUCCUUGUUUAUUAAUGGAGUGAGGCCUACACAUGAAGUGAAGGAAUCUGUUGGAAAUCACGUGGUGUUGCAUCACCGUCACAUAUGUGUCUUCAGUAGUGCAUGAGCUAAAAUGUUCACUUCUAUUAUUUAGCUCAAUGUUGAGAUUAUUAUUUUCGCACUCAUCCCUGGGCUACGCUGGGUAUCUCCAGAGUCAGUCAAUAUCUGUGGAUUUGCUGAUUAUAAAAACAUUUUAAAAGAUUUGUUUUCCAUUUACUAAAAUGAGGCAAACGUCUUGCAUCAGUGUUUAUAUUAUCGUAAAGGGAUAGUGGGAAGAUACUGGGAAAAUCUGCUGAUUUGCUUUCUUUCUGAGAGUUAAAUGAGGAGAUUAAUAUCAAUCUCAUUCUGUGUUAAAUACAGAGCAGAAGUCAGGAUGUAAUUGACCUAGCUUAGCAGAAAGACUGGGAGCAGGGGGAAACAGCUUGCCUGGCUAAGCCAAAGUUCAAAAACACACCUAUCAACAGAAGCUAAAGCUCACAGAUUAACAUGUAUCUCUUUUUUUUUUAGUACACAAACAGAAAUGUGGAUGAACAACAGUUUAUCCAUCUGUGUAACAUCUCUGCCUAUAGCACAAUCGGUGAACACCUGUUUUGGUGUUGGUCUCUGUACAAGCACAAUGGUACCAAACUUGCCAGCCUCACUGUGACAACAAGACUCCAUGAACAGUCACUGCACCUGCUUGUGAUUUUGUGUUAGUUAGUGAGCUUUAGAGGUGUUGGUCGAUGUAUUUUUGAUCUUUGGAAAGAACCAGGCUAGCUCUUUCGCCCUGCUGCCAGUCUUAUGCUAAGCUAGGCUAACCACAUCCUGAUUCCAGCUCUGUACUCAACACACAGACAUGAGAUUGAUAUCCAUCUUUCCAUCUCACUCUUGGACAGAAAGUGAAUAAAUGUAAUUCCCAAAAUGUCCUUUAAUGCAAACAGCUUUAGAAGAAAUUUGCUUCAGUAAAACCCCCAAAUGAUUGUGAUUAAAAUCAGGAAAUAUCUGAUCAAAGAAUCAGUAAAAAAGACUAAGGAUCUGUUCUUACGUUCAGUGCCAACUUUAACGAUAUGUUUCGAUUACAGUUUUAUACUUGGUGGUAAUUAAUAAUAAUAAUUAAUUCACCAUGGAAGUAAGUAAUGAGGUAAACAGCCCAAAAUUUAAAUAAUGCUUCACAUGUCCAAUAUGUAUAAAAACAAACUAAUUACUACAACCAAAGAGUAAACCCUGGACACAUGGGAAGUCAGUAAGAACAUUUCUAAACCACAAAUUUUAGAUUUGUAUGUGGAAGUGAAAGUUUAGGCGUUUGCAUACAGAUUGUAUUUAUUUCAAUUUUAAUUAUUUUUUUUAAAUGAUCAUUUUAUUGUUCUUGUGUAAAGGUUUUAGCAUUAUCAACAUUUGUGUGGAGGCUGUAGCUUAAAAGCAUGUUCACAUGUUCAGUUUAUUAAUGUUGAUUACUUAAAAGCCACAUUGUAAAAUCAUUUAUAAAGUGAUAAAGUUUUGAUUAAAUUAUACAAUUGAAGAUUUCUGUUAAAGAGAUGCAGCCAGUAUGCCACCCUAAAAAUGAAGUGCUUCAAUCCACACAGCAGUAACAGGAGCUCUUAUUGGCCAGCUGUCAUUUUCAGAGCCCCUGUGUUGAAACUCACUGUCUGUGGGUUUAGUUUUUGGUGUGACACAUUGCUGCAUUGCCUUAAACUACAGUGAGAAUGAAACAAAGUGUAAACUAUGAAGCAGGAGAUAAAUAAUUUUAUAAGCCUUUCAAAGAGUAACACCCCCUGAAAAUCUUGUUUUUGCUGACCUCCACUGGUGUAACUUCUCACCCUGCUGCAGUGAUGCACAGGUGGACUCCAGGACCCUGUGACAUCACUGCUGGGUGACUCAUCAUCAGUGAUGCUGGCUGAAGUCACAAGUGAAACUUUCAACCAGAGAGGGCAGUAGGUUCUGCUCGUCAGCCUGCUGAAAAUCAUUUUGAGUCAUUUCUGAGGGGAGUCGGUGAGGUUUUACAAAUGCCUGUCUUCCUAAUGUCAGAAGGUGGAGGAUCAGAGGACACAUUUUUAGAUCAAUUUGAAUAAUUGCAUUGUCUUUUUAAAACAGUAUAUACAUUUAACUGGUUCAAAAGUAUUCAGUUACACAUUUUUUCUACACCGUGCAGUUUUCCUCAAAGUGAAGAACAAAGCAGUACUAAUGACAACUAAACACAAUGAAAAUGUUGAAAAACCUUGAAGAUUUUCUAAAUGCAGGAAAAACGACUGUACCAUCGUGUAGAGCUGUCACUUAAACAAACUUGAAUGAAACUUGUUUCUGACUUGAUAAGGAACCAAACAGCUAUUUGCUGAAGGUUCAUGGCUGUCAUAAGAACAAUAAUAAUAAUCAUUUACAAUCAAAGAUAGGGUUACAAUGAAAUACAGUGCGUUUCCGCUCGGUUGUAAAGACUUAAGUGAACCAAGCAAGUCUCAUCUUAUAAAGUCUCAUCUUCAAAUGAUUAUAGUGGGAAGCUGGGUUAACCCUUCGCAACAUCUGUGGUUAUCAGCAUUUCAAUUCACUCUGAAAAGCCCUGAUGUGCUGCAGUGGCUGAUCUCUGUUUGUAUGAAACUUUGUCAGUUUUGUAAUCAGUUUUACUUUGAAACUGUUAACAUUGAAAAAUAAAGUUGUGGAUAAAUGAUGGUGGUAUUGCAAACACUGUAAAACAGGAACAAUUGAACAGUGCUAUUUUGUUAAAAAUAAAUCAUUUCAACAUA